AUGUCCCGCCGCUCUGCCCCAAGAGAUGUGAACUACAGCACAAGCUUGCUUCUGCUCCAACCUCCCAAGAAGGAAUAUGUUUCCACCACGUUUAUCAGCGUGGCCCCAUACUUGCUCAUGGGGAACACAUUCUCCACACUGACGAUUGCCUCGGGUGGAACCCGUGGUCAGACCUCUGUGUCGGGGGCUCAACAGUACACGCUUUCUUUAGGCACUGGAAGGCCGAGGCAUAACAAGGGAAGCAGGAAUAAGGGAGGCUGCAUGCACAGCACUCAGGACCACACAAUCCUUGCAGGAGAGUCCAGGCUUCCUGAAGCCCCAGCAUCCACUCUAACACCCAACAACAUGCCUAAAAGUGUUUCAAUAUCUAAACAACUGGCUUCAAUAAAAGCUUUGAAGAAAGGCUCAGACCUAGAGAAGGCCAUGGCUACCCUCGCUCUGAUUUUCAAGAACUCUUCUGACCCUGAUGGCAAGAUUGAAAGAGCCACUGCCAAAAAUCUGCUGCAAACCCAAUUUCGGAAUUUCACAGAGAGAGAAGAAACCAAGCCGAAGUAUCAAGACAUUCUUUCUGAGCUUGAUGAACACACUGAAAACAAACUGGAUUUUGAGGACUUCGUGAUCCUGCUCCUGAGCCUCGCCAUUGUGUCCGAUCUGCUGCAAAAUAUACUGAGUGCAGAAGUCAUGAAAUAAACAACUCUAAUUAUGUGAA